UUCCCGCCGAGAGGGAGGGGGUGAGGCUUCUUCACAAGAUGGCGGCCGCCGUGGGGCUGCUGGCGGCUGGACGGCGGCUCUGUGUGGGGCUGGGGCUGGGCUGCACGCCGCGGCGGGCGCUGUGGGGCGAGCAGAGCAGGAAGCAGGAGAAAGAAGUAGAAGACAGUGUAAUUCCUCAAGAGAAAAAUGAACCCAGCCUUAUCUGUCCCCCGCCGCGCAGCAGGAAGUAUGAUCCUCCAGGAAACAUACAGAGCAUCCUCGAGGCUCGUGUCAAGGAGAUUUGUGGGCCAUCACCUGCUGGAGACUGGCAGCAGACGUCCCUGAAAGACAGCAGGCUGAAGUAUCAGCUCCUGGCCCAGCUGGCAGAAGAACUCGGUCACGCUGUGCCCAACUCACAGCUCCACCUGAUGUGCAGUGCUCAGGAUGUCCUGACUUUCUAUAGCACUCCUGUGAAGGAUAUGUCCAAGUUUGAUGAGCUGUGUGCUGCAGAGCUGCCCCCAAACCUGAAGAUUGCAUGGGAGCGGUGAGACCUACUGGGAAGUAUUGCCGCACUUUUGUUGGGUUCUUAAGGCCCAAACUGUGGACCUGAAGCAGAACCUUUUCAUUGUGAUAUCAACCAGAUACGAAUAUCACCAAUAAAAAAGCAUCCAUUUGUCUUCGGA